GUGACUGUCACUCGAGUGGUCACAUGAGUCACAUCGUAUUUUGUUAUUUUUGUUGCAAUACUUGCAAUGCACCUGCAAGUGCAAAUAUUUUGUUAGCUCAGUCUCGUCUCGCUCGUCGUACUUGGCCUUAGACUCUUGCUCGAGAGUCUGAAGUUCCGGCUGUCCGGACUAUAAAUAUCUUUAGUUAAAAAAAUGACUGAAACAUUGUCUAGCGACUUAGUACGCAAAAUUACUCAAAAUGUGACUGUGCCCAUUGUAUUCCGUGAUUUUAUAUCAGACUGGCCAUUAUGCCGGUGGGACAUUGAAAAAUGGUGUUCAGCUUUCGGUAAUAAAGAAGUACCGUUUAGGUGCUUGAGGAAACACUUGGUGUCUGACGAGCCCUGCUGGGAGAGAAAAUGCGAAAUGAAAUCUAUGCCUUUUAAGGAUUUCAUCACCAAGUCUCCUACUAGUGAACAGUGGAUGUAUUUUGAUUAUAAACAUUUACCCCAGUGGUUUGACGAACAAGCUGAGUUCCUUAAGGAAGUAUCAUGGCAGAAAUUUGGCUACCCUGACAAGGGGGCGGCAGACUCCACUCUGUGGGUUGGCAGCAGUGGGGCACACACCCCGGCUCAUCAGGACACAUAUGGUUACAAUAUUGUAGCACAACUUUAUGGAAAAAAGCGAUGGAUUCUGUUCCCGCCAGAAUCAGGGGGCAUGAAGCCCACAAGAGUCCCUUAUGAGGAGUCUAGUGUCUACAGUGAACUGAAUUUUCACUGCCCAAAUAAUAUGGAACCCUUUAAUGGGUUAAGUAGAGGCCGAAUGGUGGAGUUGUGCGCGGGGGACGCACUAGUGGUGCCGCGCGGCUGGUGGCACUACGUGCAAAACGUCGACAGUGUCAAUAUCGCGCUCAACAUGUGGUUGCCCCAUGAGAAAGACAACUCAACCCGAGUGUCGGAGGCGUUGACGAAAAUAAUGGUCGCGCAGGUGUGCAAAGAUCUCCCGCAAGACACGGCCAAGCUGCUUGUCAAUCCUAACGAGGAUGACUUAUCAGACACCCCGUUAGCAGUGUUAUUCCUCCAACUAGAGUCAGUCACCAAAUCGUACUUGGACAGCCGUCGCAAGCUUCGACGCGUCAAGCGACAACGCACGUGCGACGAGGAAGCCAACCCUCCUGACAUCGAGUCCUGCGACCUACAAGAUGUACUAAAGAAUCACAAAAAUUUAGAGGUACCCCCCACUAUAACUGCUGACGAACUUAUAGACUUAUUAAAAAGGAAUGUGAGAGAGUUUGCGAACACGGGGGUCUCUUUUGACGAAGAUGAGAUAGACGGGACGAGGAGUCUUUGUUUGACGAAGGCGGUUAUAGACGCGUUCAGUGAUAGUAGUGUUAUUGAGUUGGUGAAGCAGAAUCUCUUCGCUAGGAUGAAGUGAUGAGAUCUCUGUCGGUAGAUUACCGUCUUUAAUAGACUAUGUGAGUUUAUUUUACUGUUAGUCACUUGGUGUAGGUACUAUCGGCUGCAAAACUGCAUGGCGAGUUUAUAAAUGAAGUUAUUCAUAAUUUCUCCAUGCAAUUUUGCAGCUCACUGUACAGUCAGCAAUAGCUUUGCACUUCUGCAAACUUGCAGGAGGGGGAGGGGGUCACUUUUCUUUGCAGCUGGCUGUACCAUGGAAUUUUCUACCAUGUGUUUUAUACGAACUCGAUUUUAGAUAUUAUAUUUAGUAAUAAGAGAGUCAUAAUAACAGACGAGUGAACAUAUUUGUAUGGGGCCACUAUGGAAAGGUGUACGGUCACAGAAUUAACAGACUUUUCGAUUGAAUCAAAAAGUAAAUGAUUAAAUUUGGUUAAGUUAAUAAAUAAUGAAUGACCAAUUUUAUGUAAGUACUACUGGUGCAAUAGACUAAAACAUACCUAUUAUAUUGUACUACCUCAUGACUGGGAUAUUUUCCUUUGUUUUUAUUAAAACUCGAAUUGAGUAAAGUACAGUUUUAUAAUUCAAUUUAAAUCGUAGUAUUAAUUGUAAUUAUAUUGGUCUCACUGAAUUUAAAUAAUAAGACAUUGCGCUGAUUUCACAUGUUUAUUUCAGAAUCUCU